AAAUUUUAAAAGUUAAUAGAUUAAAUUCUUAUACACAUUUAUUUAAUUAAAUAAUAAUAUAUUAAGUAAAUAUUUGUUGAGAUACUUUACGAAUUAAUAUAAACAACUACUAACUUUUUUUUAGUUAGUUCUGAAAACUUUUUUAUAGUUCCUAAAAUCUCUCAAUUAUAUCUACUUGAUUUAAUUUGAUAUAGAAACUAAUCCUUACUUUUUUUGCUAAUAUUUUGCGUCUUGUUGGUUCCUAUUUGAUUCAGCCGCUCUAUGUGGUUUUCUAUAUAGUCCUUCUACCGCUUCUCAAUUUUCUCUCUUUUUUCAUAUACACCAAUUUGGUUCGCUUCCAAUUUUUAAUUCGCUUCGAUCAAGACUCUAGUAUUAUAGGUUCAAGAAAACUGCGAACAAUGCCUCCGAAAGUGGUAAAAAGAGGUGAUGCGGCGAGGAAAACGAGGGUUUCUUCAAAAGCUGCAAUUCAGAAUCAGCAGCAAGAACCUGAACCUGAUCCUGUCAAGAAUCCUAUUGCUGGUGUUGUGGUGGAAGAGAACACCGUUGAUACAAACAAUUUGGCUCCAGAGACGUUGCCCAAUGGUUUGGUUGUUGUGGAAAACAAUGGAGAGGAGGUUAAGGAGUCCAUAGAUGAAUAUGAAAAGGAUGAGCACUUAGAUUUGGAGGAUAAUUACCAUGAGUAUGAACCUGAGGAGUAUGUUGGUGUUGACUAUGAUGAGCGGGGAAUUGAACAAGUUGAGGGUCAGGAGGAGGAGGUGGUAGAUGAAGUGGAGGAAGAACCUGAAGAGUAUGUGGAUGAAGAACCUGAAGAGUAUGUGGAUGAAGAACCUGAAGAGUAUGUGGAUGAAGAGGAGUGUGAUACAGGUGAUGAAGAAGUUGAAUAUGUUUAUGAAGAAGUUGAGGGUGAUGAUGCCGAUGCUGGUGAUGAUGAGCAUGCUGGUGAGGAGAACGACCAUAAGCAUAUGGCUGAUGUGGAGCAAGAGGAACACGGUGGAGUUAGAAAGGAGAGGCAGAAGCAGAAGGAAUUUGAAGUAUUUGUCGGGGGCCUAGACAAGGAUGCGACAGAGCAUGAUCUGAGGAAGGUUUUCGGCAAGGUUGGGGCAAUCUCUGAAGUCAGGCUGAUGAUGAAUCCUGAGACUAAAAGGAACAAGGGAUUCGCAUUAUUGCGUUUUGAAACUGCCGAACAAGUGAAAAGAGCAUUGGCGGAGCUAAAAAAUCCAGUGAUUAAUGGCAAACAAUGUGGUAUCACUCCAUGUCAGGACAGUGAUACUCUCUAUUUAGAUAACAUAUGCAAGACAUGGAAAAAGGAAGCUUUAAAGGAGAAAUUGAAACAUUAUGGAGUUGAAAGUUUCAAGGAUUUGACUUUAGUAGAAGAUGGUAGCAAUGAGGGAAUGAACUGUGGAUUUGCAUUUUUGGAAUUUUCAAUCUGCUCAGAUGCUAAGGAGGCCUACAAGCAAUUGCAGAAGAGAGACAUUGUUUUCGGAGUUGAUAAGCCUGCAAAGGUUUCCUUUGUUGACCAGGGUGAUGAAAUCAUGGAACAGGUUAAAACUAUAUUUAUUGAUUUACUGCCUCCUUCAUGGGAUGAAGAUUAUGUCCGAAGUCUUCUUAAGAAAUAUGGGGAGGUUGAAAAGGUUGAGCUUGCUAAGAACAUGCCAGGUGCUCGUAGGAAGGAUUAUGGAUUUGUUACAUUUACUACGCAUGCUGCUGCUGUGGAAUGUGCUGAUAGCAUUACCAGUGCAGGGUUAGGUGAAGGCAACAAAAAGGCAAAAGUUAGGGCUAGAUUGUCAAGACCUCUUCCGAAAAGUCGUGGAAAAUAUGUUAUUCGUAGGGACUUUUCUGGCCACAAGUUAGGAAGAUUGGCAAAGCCUUCACGGCUUCGACCUGCACCACGGGGUCGACCUGCACCACAUAGUCGACCUGCUCGUGUGGUGAGAAGAUUCGGAAAUCGCAUUCCAGCAGUUAGACCUUCUAGCAUGAGAAAUAGACGUCCGGUCGCAUCCAUACCAGUACGAGCUAGGCCAGUCACUCCUCCAGCUAGAUCCUUUGACAGGAGAUUGGCCGCUGCACAUCCAAAAAGCAGCAUGAAGAGAGAUUAUGGUCGAGCUGCGGAUCUACCACCUCUAAGAAGUAGAGUUUCCCCAGAUUAUGGCUCUCGGGUGGCUUCUCAAAGGCGUCCAUCUUAUAGAGAAUAUCCAGCCCGUGACUCUGGCUACCCUGACCUACAUAGGAAUACAUCUCGAAGUGCACCAAGGAUGGAUUACCUGGAUGAUGGCUAUGACCGUAGACUUGAGAGGCCUCCUCCACCUCUCCAUCUAAGUUACCGUGAAGGACGCUCUCGUGUUUAUGACACACUAUCUGGCUCAAAACGUCCUUAUGCUGCAACAGACGAUAUUUCUCCACGAUAUGCUGAUGCCAGUGCUCGCCAAUCAAGAUCUCGUUUAGAUUAUGAUUAUGGAGGUAGUGCUUCAAAAUAUAAAGAGGCUUAUGGUGAUAGGCUUGGAAGAUCUAGUUUGGGAUAUAGUGGCAGUAGAAGUUCUAUAUCUAUUCAAAAUUCACACGAGACAUAUAGCAGUCGACAAGACACAAGUUACGGUGGAGGUUCUCUUGGUCGUAGUGAUGGGGUUAUCUACUCAUCAAGUUAUGGUAGCGGUUACUUAUCUCGUGGAAGCGAUGUUGGUGGUAGCUCGUAUUCGGCCAUGUAUUCUGGCAGGGGUAUGAACAGUAAUAGAAGUUAUAUCGGUAGUGGCAGUGGUGGAUCUAGGUCUUAUUAUUGAGGGAUGCUUGGCGAAGAUUGCACACCCACCAGCCAAUUUAUCUGAAAUCUGAAUAUAACUGAGGCUGCUGUUGGAUUGGAUGUGUGUUUUGAAGCUUAUGGACGUCAUGAUGCCUGCCGUUUGGAGAGAUGGAACAUUGCUAAGUUAUAAGAUUGAUUGGAAAUUUGUCACGAAUCAAGGGUUAUUUCAAUUCAAGAUAUUUUGGAGUCUUUUCUGGAUGGACAGUUGAAGUUCUUCAAUUUGUGGCUUUGUGCUGCAAAGUGGUGACAUGAAAAGAGAAGUGCCAAGCAUGUGAUGUGUAAUUAUUAAACCUAGUUUUAUAAGACUCAGGUGUACAGAUUUGGAAUUUUUUGCUGUCGAAAAAGCUGGUUUAUUAAAUAGAAUAGAGAUUUUUUAUUUUGCUAGUUGAAUGGUCAUCAACACUAGGAGUGGUCUGGAAUGAAUCUCCUACAUCAACUGCACCAUGUAGUAUCUGUAAAGAAAGUUAGAUCUAGAGAUAGAACUUUUUUCUCGUAGUCUAACUAUUUCAACAAUUGAUAAGUUGUAGGUCGAUACUGUGUAUCACCAUUAAAUCGUAUCGAAAUAAUGAUAAAAGAAUAGUUAUAACAA